UUUCACCUUGACGCACACGAAUAAUUUGUUUCUUCUCUCUCUCUCUCUCUAAUUCUCUCCUCCCCAAACAGACCAAAUCCCGAAACCAAUCCUCCACCUCAUACCUUUGACAAGAAUCACCGCCGCCGUAUUUCACAUGGUUUCUUCUUUGAAACUCACGAUUCUAGCCAUUACUGGCAUCUCCCACGCUCUCGCCUACGUUCCCACCCUCCCAGAGGUCACCUAUGUGGUCCGAGAUGCAGACAUUGUUUCUGGACACCCAGCCUGCUAUAUCGCCUCAAACUGCGAUAUCGAUAUCAGCCAUCUUGUCCUCUACAAUCCCGACAUAACAUCAUGGCGUUCACUACAAUCCGGAACAAGUCUACGUCUACCAUCAACAGCUCACUGCCGCCCUGCCUCGAAUCCGCCAACUUCUACGACAACUCUGUCCUCCGUUAUGGAAACCGAUCUGAAGAAGAGACAGUCUUCCGAGACUUAUACUGUGGUUUCAGGAGACACUGCGUGGAAGAUUUCCGAGGCCAAUCAUGUCUCUCUCGAUUCCCUCAAAGCAGCGAACCCACAAGUCUCCAAUUGGGAGUUGAUCUACCCAGGAAUGGUACUAAAUAUCCCCAGUGAGCCAGCGUCCAUACAAAGUUCGCCUAGUGCUGCUCCUCCAAACCAACCCUCAACAGAUCCAUCCACCUCUCUCUGCGUGCCUGGUAAAACGUACACUGUUGUCUCCGGGGACACCGCUUAUGACGUUGCUCAACGAUAUGGAAUUACCCUCGACCAGCUCAAAGCGGCGAAUUGCCAAGUUUGCGACUGGGAGCUCAUCCAUCCCGGCCUCCAGUUGAUCAUCCCUGACGGAAGUAGCAAACCCUCAUCACCGCCACCGGGAGACCACCCUUCUCCACCACCUGGUAUUCCGCCUGGUCCACCAGGCCCACCAAGUGGUCCCUCAAGCACAUCAUGCCCGUUCAGUUCCCCGUCAACACCACCCAGACCACCUGAACCACCGGGGCCCCCACCGCCACCUAGCAGGCCCUCGCAAGUGAUUGAACAAUUCGCCAUCAAAAACUUUAAUGUAGACGAUGGCUCGGCAAAGGCACACAAUCAGUACAGCUUCUACCAAGGCGACGGCUCGCAAGCUGGCGGCUGGCCAGCACAUGAUCAAUGGAUAUCCUUCAAUGCCUUGUGGGACAGUGUUCUCCCAUACAUCGGCAAAGAGUGUGUCGGCAGUGGGGCGUCCCCCAACACCGAUGAAGAAAAUCAACAAGUUCGGGAGGCGAUACUGACAGUAUCAGCUCAAGCGCAGAUCGAUCCUCGUUUCGUUCUGGCGGUGGCAAUGCAGGAAUCUACCGGGUGUGUCAGGGUGCAGUCUACUGCCAAUGCCGUCUCCAACCCCGGCAUUAUGCAAAGUUACAUGGGCAAAGGAACGUGCAACAGUGGAGGAACCGUCCAGUCACCCUGCCCCGAGUCUCAGAUUCAACUGAUGAUCCAGGAGGGUGUCAGUGGUGGUGAGGUCAAUCUCGUCGCUGGCUUGAACCGAGCCAACUCGAUUGCAAAUCUUGGUAAGGCAGAGCUAGCGCAGGCCUACUAUCGUUCGGCAAGAAUGUAUAACUCGGGUCCCAAUUCGUUCUCUCUGGGUGCAGACUUGGGUCAGGAUGGCGCAACAGAAUGUUACGUCUGUGACAUUGCCAAUCGAUUGAUGGGAUGGACGACAGAUACUAGGAAGUGUACACUUGGUCAAUGAGAAAAGCCAGCUUGUGAU